UUUUACUUUGUCUUUCCUUUGGAGCCUUUUUUUGUGGAGGCGAUGGGAUCGUCAUCCGCUAAAAAAGGUUGCUGGUUUGGUUUCGUUCUCUUUUGCUCUUCGCCAUUAAAGGGAUUCGAGAAAACAAACAAAAUUUUAAUGUUUGGAAGAGAUUGGGAAGACUGAGGCCGCUGCGGCAGCGGGCGGUUUUUGAUGAAGAGGGACGAGAUUUUUAGUACAGACUGCCAGCGUUUUAAGUGGUGGCAAUUUCGUAAUAGCUAUAAAAGAUUCUGUUCCGUACGAAACUGCACUGUUUGACUUUGUGUUUCUUCCAAUCGUCUUGGCUCCAGAGUUACAAGAAAAAACGACAUAUGAACCUUCAAAGCCCAGAAGAAACAGAGUUCCAAAUAUUUUAUACCAAUUUUUUUUUCUAUUAUUUUUUUAUUAUAUUGUUUUCUCUGUAAAUUUAUGUCUUUUCCAGGGAAUAAAGACAUUAGGAAGAAUUUCUUCAUCUCUUGACGAAUUUCAUCAAAAUCUUCACCUUUGGUUACCCAAAGUCCAAAUUUUUCAAUGUUCAUGCUCGUUAGAAACACGCAAUCUCAAGAAUAACAAAUUACCAUUUGAAAAAAGAAAAACCUUUUCUCUAGUUUUAAUCGAAAGAAGGAGGAAAUUCUUUUUAAACCCAAUAACCUAUUAACAAUCCACUAUCUAAUUGAUCCUGAUUUGACUGUUUCCGAGCAAAGCAACUAAAAGAAGAGCAAAUUCUUUUCCUUUUUUUUGAAAAAAUGGAAGACUCUUCCAGACCCGUAACUGGUUACCCAGUUCAGAACCUUAAUGGCUACACUCCACCACCACCCGCCACCUCGGGCAUAGCCCACCCUUACGUUAACACCAACCCAUACCCUUACUACCCAGCGCCCCCGCCUCAAAACCCACGCCUUACUUUCUUUCGCCGCCUCUUUGUGGCCUUCUCCAUCCUGUUAAUCAUCUUCGGCAUCGUCCUCCUCAUCUUAUGGCUCGUCCUCCGUCCUAAACUCCCCGUUUUCUCUAUACAAUUCCUAUCUCUCUCCAACUUCAACGCCUCAAACCAGCGCGUUAGCGCUGCGUGGAACGCCCAGUUUCAGGUCUCAAAUCCCAACAAGAAACUUUCCAUCUCCUAUGGAGACGUUGUUUCGUUGGUUUUCCACGAGGAUUAUUUCUUGACUGAGACAAGGAUCGGGCCGUUCGUACAGGGCAGGCGCAACGUGAGCACGGUGGAGGCGAGUUAUUCGGUGGUCGAUUCUUUCGCGGACGGAAAGGUGGUGGACGCGAUGAACGGGGAGAUGACUCGUGGCGAGAUCAAGUUCAACGUCAAGGUGAAGGCGCUAGUGGCGUUUCGAUAUGGUAGGUGGAGAGGAAGGCGGAGGAUUCUUAGGGCUUGGUGUAAUGACGUCGCUCUUACUGGUCCGUCGGGGAAGAUGACCGGCGGGCCCAAAAAAUGCAGCGUUGGUUAAUUAACCGAGAGGACGGCUAAGAGAAGGCUCACAAAUUGUAAACCCUUUUCUUGCUUUCCCUUCUUCAUGUUUAAAAGGGGAAGAGAAGGAACAAUUAGCUAUAAAUGAACGAAUUGUUUGAGUGAUUUUGACUGAUCCCCUUAACUCCGUACUCAGCUUUCUUCCAUGUGUUAAUGUGAAUGUAAAUUUUUUUAUGGGGCUUUUCUGGGUGUUUUAUAUGUCUUAUUUUUUAGCCAACAGUGUUGUAUAUGUCUGGAGUGGAUUAAUUGCAAUUCUUUGUUUUUAAUAUUAAUCUUGUCCUAAAAAAUCCAGGGUAU